CGAAUUUGGUGCUCACACGCAAUGCAAACAAAUCAUAUUGGCGAAAGCCAAUACUACUAGCGAAUAGGCACUUCUUCGCUUCCAUCUGUUGACCUGAUGCAUCAUGCCGUGGGCUUGGCGCGCUUAUAACGUAUCUUUGACCACCGACCAUGACGCUGACCAGUCUUCCACACGAUGUUUUGUACCGUGUCCUGUCCUUUCUUUCCGUCCGCGAAAUCAUCUGCCUUCGACUGGCGUGCAAAGACCUUCGCGACUUGACAUUCCACACAGCCAUAUGGCACGAUGCAUAUACACAUGCAAAACUUCCUCGUCCCCUCGGACCGCUCGACUCUCAGUCUCGCGAGUUCUUAGAAAUCACCCUUGUCAAAAGCACUCAAGUCGGCGUUAAGUGGAACAAGCAAGCUCUAACGAUAACUUCCAAGGCGACUUGGUUUGAGCCCGAAUGGUCCGCCUUGCAAGGAGACCAUUGGGAAGUGGUGGCUGGCUUGUGGCUUGUCAUCCCGCACAUUAGCGGCCCCGACAUCCUGUGCUACGAUCUGGAGCGCGGACUGCGCCACGUCAUAUAUCAUGCUGAAGGCGCUCAGAUACUGUCGUUCAAAAGUGCGACUUCUGAGGCAGCGGACGGAGGAUGUAUCAUGCACGCCAUCGUCAUGGAAAGCGCUCGCAACAGCGUGUCGUUCUCACAUAAGCUGCUCUCCAUUCGUUUCUCUUCUGACGGUCCUUUGUUGGAAUUCUCCAUGGUGAUUCCUGGCGAUGUGAUCGGGAUGGGAAUGUCGCAGCUAUCUGCUGGGAAGCGAUUGCUGUGCAUGAGCGAUCAUUUGACUGGUACUUUGAAUUUGGCGGUGGAUACUCUCACCCGCGUCCUGUACCGCUUUCCGCUACCAAGCUCUAUCAUCGACCCCAAAUUCGAUGUCACUUGCGCGCAGGAGACAUACUUGAAGCGUCUCAUAGCCACCGAAACCCACAUUCUCGCAAUGUUUACCCCUCUCACUAUGGUCAGCCAGCUCGACGAGGGAGGAAACUGCCGUGCGAUCAUCCAGGCAUUCGCUCUCCCGUCGGCGGGAAUUACCAGCGCAUCCCCACCUACCCUUGAGCUCACUCACGAAGGACAUUGCUAUCUCGAUAUCGAACGCGUCUCGCUCUUAUGCGACUCUAUCACCAACGCUGUCACAGGGCAAACCCAAAUCAAAUUCCUCACCCAUUGCAUGAGACUCAAUUUGACAAAGUACUUUGCUCACCGAGUAACUUUAUCCCCUCCUCUGCCAGGGCAGAAACUGGGGAAUAUAUAUCUCUCCACCGAACAGCUUUUCUCUGUUCCAGGCUAUGCUAACACCAUGAAGUUUACCACGUCUUUUGACGGGCAUGCACGUGGUAUCUGCGUACUUCACAACGAAAGGGAUGGAACGGAAUUCUACGGAUUUACGAUCGACGCUAGCGGUAUGGAUAAGCCCUGUUCGGGCGUUGUUGGGCCAGGGGUCGAUAUCAAAGAGGUUGAAGCGACAGAGUCGUUCCCCUCGUAUUUGAGAAUGACGUGGAACGUCAAAUUGGCAUUCAACGGUUAUUUGGGUAGAAUCUGUUACAGGAAGCGGGGUCAAGCGGGCAGGAAUGUGCUCGCUGUAGUAGAUUUGGCGUAGAGAUCAUCGGGCAACUUAUAGAUGUGCAGUAGAGUGAUAGUACUAAUUGAAUAUUUAGUGUUCUGAAGGAUAUACUGUGAUGUACCGUAUGCGACUUGAAUGUUGCUUAGUGGUAAAUACUAGAUCAUCAUGAUAGCUCGGCGACAAUGCG